UCUAUUGAGACCAGCUGGCCAUAGCAGGAAGAGAUGGAAUUAAAUUGGGUUGCAUUUACUUUAUGCAUAAGUCUGAUCCUGAUCAAAGGCGAAUCCUCUUUCGUAACUACAGCUACGAAAAAUGAAAUCUGCAAAGCAUCAAGGAGAGAGGAGGAACAAUGCGGAUCAUAUGCCUAUAAGGCCAUGAAACCACUGCUUAUCUACGUAGAAUUGAUGAGGACAAACGUGGAAAACCAUGAUAAUAUAACAUCCAUUAAGAAUAUGGAAAUAGAAAAGCAACAAUUGAAGAUAUCCCAACUUGAAUUAGAAUUGAGAGAGCAGAUUAAUAAGGGAUUGAUCAGCAGUAAAGACAAUGAAUUAAAGCAGCUACAGCAAAAGUUAGAUCAGAAUAAUGAAUGUGAAACUAGAAUUCAGGAAUUGAGAAACUAUAAGGAUAGAACAGCAAGGCAGGACUCUGAAAUCAAGGAGUUGCAGAAGAAACUAGAAUGA